CUUCAAUUAUUGCUCUCUUACGACUGGACUUCAUUUACUGACAACUCACUCCAAAUUCUUUGGUCUAUACCUAGUCACUAUGUCAAAACGAGGUGCUUCCCCACCACCAUCUGCAGAAGGAACUCUCAUAAAAAGGGCGCGCUCGAACUCCCCUGCUCGAAACCAAAUUGCGAUAUCGUCCUCCAACGAUGAGCGACAGAAAGGCCUCAUACGAAGCGUCAAGCGCACAAGCAACCUAGAGGCACCCAUCAUUAGCUUGAGUGGGGCCCAUUCGGCGGAAAUUCUGAGUUGUAGAUUCGACCCUACUGGGCAGAACAUUGCUGCUUGCUCAGCAGACAGAAGCGUCUCUUUGUGGAGAACUUAUCCACCCAAUACCAACUACGCCCUCCUCUCUAGCCACCAUAAAGCACCCAUCCUUGACCUUCAAUGGUCCCUAUUCUCCCCACUCCUUUAUACAGUGUCCGCAGACCAAAUGCUCGGCUUUACGGAUGUUACCACUGGCCAGCGGACAAGAAAAAUCCGUGCUCACCGCGGGAUUAUAAACGCGCUGGACCGGACUAUGGCAGGCGGUGCGGGCAUCGAGCUCAUUGCUACUGCCUCGGACGAUGGAACAGUACGGGUUUGGGAGGGUGGAGAAGAAGGUUCAAAGAACAGCGUUGCCGUGUUUGAACUCGGAUGCCCAGCAACGAGCGUCGCGUGGAGUGCAGAUGGGCAGAACCUUUAUAUUGGCGCGCUAGACAAUGAGAUUCAUGUAUAUGACCUGCGCAAGGGCGAGCAGGUGUAUGCGCUGACUGGUCACACGGACACGCCGACGUCGCUUGCGCUUUCACCCAAUGGUGCCUACCUUCUCUCGCCUUCGUUCUCGUCGCAUACUAUCGUUCAUGAUGUGCGCCCUUUCUCACCUUCGCCAUCGAGGAUACACCGCGUGUUGCAAGGUGCUCCAGCUGGGUUUGAGAACACGCUUUUGAAGGGUGCGUGGAGCAAGGACGAUGGGGGACAACGGGUUGCGGUUGGUGGCGCGGACCGGAUGGUGUGUGUUUGGGAUGUUGAGAAUGGGCGCGUGUUGUAUAAGCUGCCCGGACACAGGGGCACUGUCACUUGUGUAGACUUCCACCCGAAAGAGCCUAUCAUCCUCACUAGCAGCAAGGAUGGUACUAUGUUGUUGGGAGAGUUGGACCCUGGAUUGUAAAAUAUGCGGCGCGCCGAACAACGCGCAACGCCGCUGUCACCUCUGAUGGUUUGAUAUUUCAGUUCAAUCACACCAGAGACGUAUUGUCAUUUUUAUCUUGCUGCCUUGAUAUAAUAUUGGUCGUGGCUUCCGAAGAGAGUUUAUUCAUCGGUAAUCCGAAAGCAUUGUCAAGUGUGAGAUAGACUUCAAAGUUCCUUGCAACAAGCUAUUUGAAAUGGCAUAACU